UGGCUGAAGUGCCGCCGCUGCCGCUACUGCCGCUGCAGGGAAAAUGCUGAGCCCUCCCGGGUCGGGUGGGUGGCGGCGUCGAGGGCGGCGACGGGAAUCCGCGUCCCGAGCUCGGCGGCGGCGGCCAUGGCUCGGCUGGCGGACUACUUCAUUGUGGUAGGCUACGACCACGAGAAGCCAGGGCCAGGAGAAGGUCUGGGAAAAAUAAUCCAGAGAUUUCCACAGAAGGACUGGGAUGAUACACCUUUUCCACAGGGAAUUGAAUUGUUUUGUCAGCCUGGUGGAUGGCAGCUGUCCAAAGAGAGGAAACAGCCAACAUUCUUUGUGGUGGUCUUAACAGAUAUUGACUCAGAUCGACAUUACUGUUCGUGCCUAACCUUCUAUGAGGCAGAGAUCAAUCUUCAGGGAACAAAGAAGGAAGAGAUUGAUGGUGAAGAAGUGUCUGGUUUAAUUCAGCCUGCAGAAGUGUUUGCUCCCAAAAGCCUGGUGUUGGUAUCCAGAUUAGAUUAUCCAGAAAUUUUUAGGGCUUGCCUGGGUUUGAUUUAUACUGUAUAUGUGGAUAGUCUGAAUGUCUCCUUGGAAAGUCUCAUUGCAAACCUUUGUGCUUGCCUUGUCCCAGCAUCUGGAGGGUCUCAGAAACUGUUUUCACUGGGUGCAGGAGAUAGACAACUGAUCCAGACUCCUUUACAUGACAGUCUUCCCAUCACAGGCACUAGUGUGGCUCUUUUGUUUCAGCAAUUGGGAAUUCAAAAUGUGCUGAACCUCUUUUGUGCAGUCCUUACAGAAAAUAAGGUUCUCUUCCAUUCUGCAAGUUUCCAGAGACUUAGUGAUGCCUGUAGAGCCUUGGAGUCUUUAAUGUUUCCUCUUAAAUAUAGUUACCCUUAUAUUCCCAUUCUCCCGGCUCAGCUACUGGAAGUUCUGAGUUCCCCCACACCUUUCAUUAUUGGAGUACAUUCCAUUUUUAAAAGUGAUAUCCAUGAACUUUUAGAUGUAAUCAUAGCAGAUUUGGAUGGAGGCACUAUUAAAAUUCCUGAAUGUAUUCACCUCUCUUCUCUCCCGGAACCACUUCUUCAUCAGACUCAAGCAGCUCUUUCUUUGAUUUUACACCCAGAUUUGGAAGUAGCGGAUCAUGCUUUUCCUCCUCCUCGAACAGCUUUAUCCCAUUCAAAAAUGCUGGAUAAAGAAGUACGAGCAGUUUUCCUUAGAUUAUUUGCACAACUUUUUCAAGGAUAUAGAUCAUGUCUACAACUUAUAAGAAUUCAUGCAGAGCCAGUAAUACAUUUUCACAAAACAGCUUUCUUGGGGCAGCGUGGUUUGGUUGAGAAUGAUUUCCUCACUAAAGUACUCAAUGGAAUGGCGUUUGCAGGUUUUGUUUCAGAAAGAGGUCCUCCCUACAGAUCAUGUGAUCUCUUUGAUGAGUUGGUAGCUUUUGAAGUAGAGAGGAUUAAAGCUGAAGAAAAUAAUCCAUUGAAGAUGAUAAAGCACAUCAGAGAACUUGCUGAGCAACUAUUAAAAAAUGAAAAUCCAAACCCUCAUAUGGCAUUCCAAAAAGUUCCACGCCCAACAGAAGGAUCCCACUUGAGAGUUCAUAUUCUUCCUUUCCCAAAGAUUAAUGAAACUCGGGUUCAGGAAUUGAUACAAGAAAAUCUUGUUAAGAAUCAGAAUGCCCCUCCUGCUACACGAGUCGAAAAGAAAUGUGUUGUGCCAGCAGGUCCACCUGUCGUUUCAAUAAUGGAUAAAGUGACAACAAUUUUCAACAGUGCACAGAGACUAGAAGUUGUUAGAAACUGCAUUUCAUUCAUAUUUGAAAAUAAAACAUUGGAGACUGAAAAGACUCUUCCUGCUGCACUGAGAGCCCUUAAAGGAAAGGCAGCAAGACAGUGUCUUACUGAUGAACUGGGCUUACAUGUACAGCAAAAUCGGGCAAUAUUGGAUCAUCAACAAUUUGACUACAUAAUAAGGAUGAUGAAUUGUACUCUGCAGGAUUGUUCAAGUUUAGAAGAAUAUAACAUUGCUGCAGCAUUACUCCCUCUAACCAGUGCUUUCUAUAGGAAACUUGCUCCUGGAGUCAGCCAGUUUGCUUACACCUGUGUACAGGACCACCCUAUUUGGACAAAUCAGCAGUUUUGGGAGACAACUUUUUACAACGCAGUGCAGGAACAGGUUCGUUCUCUGUAUCUCUCAGCAAAGGAAGACAAUCAUGCCUCACAUCUGAAGCAAAAGGUAAGAAAAGAAAAGAAAGGUGCUUGGCCUAAGAUUCUUAGGCCUGCUCUCCUGCCAGGAGAAGAAAUUGUAUGUGAAGGUCUUCGAGUCCUCUUGGACCCUGAUGGCAGAGAAGAAGCCACUGGAGGUCUUCUUGGGGGUCCUCAGCUCUUGCCAGCAGAAGGAGCCUUGUUCCUUACCACAUACAGAAUUCUCUUCAGAGGGACACCCCAUGACCAGCUAGUUGGUGAACAGACAGUUGUAAGGAGCUUUCCCAUUGCCUCCAUCACCAAGGAAAAGAAGAUCACAAUGCAGAACCAGCUACAGCAGAAUAUGCAAGAAGGACUACAGAUUACUUCAGCAUCUUUUCAGUUGAUUAAAGUAGCAUUUGAUGAAGAAGUCAGCCCAGAAGUAGUAGAGAUCUUUAAGAAACAGUUAAUGAAGUUCCGUUAUCCUCAGUCCAUUUUCAGUACCUUCGCUUUUGCUGCUGGACAAACUACCCCACAAAUAAUUUUACCCAAACAGAAGGAAAAAAACACUUCCUUCCGAACCUUCUCAAAAACAAUUGUGAAAGGUGCCAAAAGGGCAGGGAAAAUGACUAUUGGGCGUCAGUAUUUACUGAAGAAGAGGACAGGAACAAUUGUAGAAGAAAGAGUAAAUCGUCCUGGAUGGAAUGAAGAUGAUGACGUAUCUGGAAGCUAUCCUGGCCUUUUAGUCAUACCUCAAUCUGUACAGGACAGUAGUUUACCAAGAGUAGCCCGCUGCUAUCGACACAAUCGCCUACCUGUGGUAUGUUGGAAGAACUCAAGAAGUGGAACUUUGCUCCUCCGAUCUGGAGGAUUCCAUGGGAAGGGAGUUGUUGGUCUUUUCAAGUCUCAGAACUCUCCUCAGGCCGCUCCUACCUCCUCUUUAGAAUCUUCCAGUAGCAUAGAACAAGAAAAAUACUUGCAAGCUUUAUUGAAUGCAGUUUCUGUCCAUCAGAAACUCAAAGGCAACAAUACACUUACUGUCAGGCCAGCACUUGCUCUGUCUCCAGGGACUGAAAAGAUGACUUCAAGAAUGUCCACUGUGCUUAAACAGGUAGUGCCAGGACAUUUGGAUGUAAACCCAUCCAAUAGCUUUGCUCGAGGAGGUGUAUGGGCAAGUCUUCGCUCCAGUACUCGCUUGAUCAGCUCUCCAACAUCCUUCGUUGAUGUUGGUGCCCGGCUGGCAGGCAAGGAUCACCCAGCCUCCUUUAGUAACAGCACCUACCUUCAAAACCAGCUCUUGAAACGCCAAGCAUCCCUUUACAUAUUUGGUGAAAAGUCACAACUAAGGAGCUUCAAGGUAGAAUUUGCUUUAAACUGUGAGUUUGUUCCUGUUGAAUUUCAUGAAAUCCGGCAAAUAAAAGCCAGUUUUAAAAAGCUGAUGAGGGCUUGUAUCCCAAGCACCAUCCCUACUGAUUCAGAAGUGACAUUCCUGAAGGCCCUGGGAGACUCCGAGUGGUUCCCACAGCUUCACAGGAUAAUGCAGCUGGCUGUGGUCAUAUCCGAAGUACUUGAGAAUGGUUCCUCAGUUUUGGUCUGUUUGGAAGAAGGCUGGGACAUCACUACACAAGUGACAUCAUUGGUGCAGUUACUCAGUGACCCAUUUUAUAGAACACUUGAAGGCUUUCGGAUGUUGGUGGAAAAAGAAUGGUUGUCUUUUGGUCAUAAAUUCAGUCAGCGGAGCAGCUUGACCCUCAAUUGUCAGGGCAGUGGUUUUGCUCCAGUCUUCUUACAAUUCUUAGACUGUGUACACCAGGUGCACAACCAGUAUCCAACUGAGUUUGAAUUCAAUCUCUAUUACUUAAAGUUUUUGGCCUUCCACUAUGUAUCUAAUCGGUUUAAAACAUUUCUCCUGGAUUCAGACUAUGAAAGGUUAGAGCAUGGAACUUUAUUUGAUGAUAAAGGAGACAAGCAUGCCAAGAAGGGAAUUUGUAUUUGGGAGUGCAUUGACAGAAUGCACAAGCGGAGUCCCAUUUUCUUUAAUUAUUUAUAUUCACCAGUGGAAAUAGAGGCCCUGAAGCCUAAUGUAAAUGUCUCCAGCCUCAAGAAGUGGGAUUACUAUAUAGAGGAGACCCUGUCUGCAGGGCCUUCAUAUGACUGGAUGAUGCUGGCCCCUAAACACUUCCCCUCUGAAGAGUCCGAUCUGGCUGGAAGAGCUGGACCCCAGAGCCAAAGGAGAACAGUGUGGCCAUGCUAUGAUGAUGUCUGCUGUACUCAGCCCGAUGCUCUCACCAGCCUUUUCAGUGAAAUCGAAAAAUUGGAGCAUAAAUUGAACCAAACCCCAGAGAAGUGGCACCAGUUGUGGGAAAAGGUAACAGCGGACCUUAAGGAAGAGCCAAGAAUAGACCAUUCCCAAAGAUACCCACUGGGGUCCCCAGGAAUUAUGUCUACCAACGUACCUUCCUAUCAGAAGAGGCCUAUGCUGCACCUCCCAGAGAGCAAUGUGGGUGACGAGAAUACCAGCAUCUCCCCAUCCAAUGGGGUGGAACGCAGGGCUGCCACGCUCUACAGCCAGUACACAUCCAAGAAUGAUGAAAACAGGUCCUUUGAGGGAACACUGUAUAAAAGAGGCGCUCUGCUGAAAGGCUGGAAACCCCGUUGGUUUGUUUUAGAUAUAACGAAACAUCAGCUACGCUACUAUGACUCGGGUGAGGACACGAGCUGUAAAGGCCACAUUGAUCUGGCCGAAGUGGAGAUGGUCAUUCCUGCCAGCCCCAGCAUGGGGGCCCCAAAGCACACAAGUGACAAGGCAUUCUUUGAUCUCAAGACCAGCAAACGUGUGUAUAACUUCUGUGCCCAGGAUGGGCCGAGUGCCCAGCAGUGGAUAGACAGGAUCCAGAGCUGUAUAUCUGAUGCCUGAUGCCCAUUGUCAUCCUAAGCAGAAGUGGAAAGCUGAGCUGCCAUAUGGAAAGAAAAGCUUGGGUGGAUGAAGAGUCAUCCUAGGGCCUGAGCUUCUCGAUUCUCCUUUCUACCCCAUCUUACCCAGCCCCUCUUACAACACUUGCUACAUUCACUUUAUCUAAUGGAUGCAUCACACAGGUCUGGUGAAGAGCUCCAGAUCAUCUCUGUAUGUUGCACUGAUAGUUCUAACAGGACCUAAGUGGUUAAGAAUCAGGAGAAUAUUCUGAACUACUGUCCUCUUUCCCCCUAGGCAAAAUGGCUACCACUUUUCAUAUGAAGGUCUUUUUUAUUUCCCAGUCAUAGUUCCUUGGAGUGUUUUUAACAAGAAAAAAAAUCAAAACCCUCCAAAGAUCAUCUUAUGCCCUACAUAGAUUUCCCAUCAGAAGUCCCUGCCCUUUUGCCUAACCUUUGAAGUGCUCAGUUUUCUGGUGCUGCCAAAAGGUGCUUCCACGGGCCCUGCUCUGCCAUUAAGGUUCACAGCAAGAGAACAUCACUGCUCAGUGGCAGGCAAAGAAGAAGCAAACAAGGUUGUCAUGAGUUGGGGGGUGGGAUGACUUGGCUAGGGGAUGGAGCAACAUUGACCAGGCCUAUGCAGGAAAACUGCUUCUAAGAGGAGUCCUCCAGACCAGAGCUACUCCAGGGAUGCAGGGCCUGUGCUCCUGCAUGUUCUUCUGCUCCUGGACAGUUCCUUAGACAAAAUAACAUGCAAAGAGCUGAAUGCACUAACUCACAAAGCACUCGCACUGAACUCCUAUCAAGUGAAGAAAUUGGAAGACUGAAGCCAUUACUUAUGACCACACAAUACUUGUGACAAGGUGGUACCAUGACAGGGAAAGUACCCAAAAGCUGCGCACAUUCGAAGUCUGUUCUUAGACUCUCCUUCUUAUGACAGAUACCUUGUGUUUGUUCAGCCUCAAGGUGAGCAGGAGCAGCCUCUCCACAUAGCCACUGAUACCAGCCUGGGCCAGGUGGCCAGAUCAGUUGUGUUUGUUUUCAAAUGUUAAUAUGUUAAAUACCAAACUAAUAUUUCAAAAAAUGUGUACAUAUUUCUGUAUCCUUGUUUUCAGAUAGCCUGCUUAUAAUUUAAUAUAAAAUUAACUGAACAGAUCCAUUCAUAAGACUUCAGUAAUGAAAGAUUCCCUUUUUAAAAAAAAUAGAAACUUCUUUGUAGAUUAAAAUCAGAUUUUUCAAACUUAAAAUUAUCCUCACACUAGAAAAUAGAACUGUGUUAAUAUAUAAAGUGGGGGAAUAAGAAUGAAGGAUUUUCUAUCAUAUUCAUUUUAUAAAUUGCCACCUGAGAAAAAUGUGGGUUUUGCACAUUAUUUGUAUUUUUCUUUGUAUAUGAAAUAAUUUUUGUACUUUGUAAAAUAUGGAGCCCAUUGUACUUCCAGCUAUUUGAGAUUGUACACAGCGCUUCUUUUGUAACUGGAUUCUUUUAACUUUCAUGAAGGCUUUACAUGCCUUACAUUCACUAAUAAAUUUGAAUUGAAUUUA